GCUUGGAGCAACUACCCGGAGGGGGCGGGCUGCAGCUCCCAGCACGCAGAGUGCAGCCGCAGGGAAUUGCCCUUCCGCAGUGCCCUCUGGAAGGAGUGGUUUUUAUCAACAUAUCUCAUGCCUUGCGCCGAGAGGAGAGCCGGGAGGGAAUGAGGGUGCUCUCUCCCUGCGAAUGAGCGGUUGUGAGCUGCUUCCCUGUCCCCGGGUUGGCUUUGAAAGCAGACACAACUCUACGGAAAGUAGAAUGUCAGAAGAUAUUGAAGGAAUUGAAAAAGAAAUAGAAAGUGAAUUAAGUAGAAUCAGUGUUUCUUCCUUUGAAGCAGAUGAACCUGACACAGUGGUACCAGAGGAAUCUGUGAGCGACACCGAGUCAAUUUCAGAUGAUCUCCCAGAUUCAGUUCUCUCCUAUUUAAAUUUCAUAAAGAGCAGAAAUCAAGAUGCUGAGAAGGUUAUACUGCAAGACUUGGAAGAUGAAGAAACUACAAGUAAUAUUCAUGAAGUAAUUCCUUGCUAUGCGUCAGAAAACUUGGCAGAAUUGGCUUCUGAGUAUAAUGAAGAUCCAGAACAAUUUAAAAAAAGGGUACUAUUUGAAAUUGAAAACAAAGACUUGAAAGUUCCUACAACUCCUAGUUAUAAUGAGUCCAUCAGUGAAGUAGUCACUGAUAACCUCUUUCUUACAGCUGAUGUUGAAAUGAACAUAAGCCUUACUUACCAUGAAGUAGAAGAAAAAUGUAGACAAGAAUUUGAGCAGUGGGAAAAAAGACAAAGUGAGAUUGAAGAUGACAAGAGGAAAAAGUGGAAAGCUGAGAGAGAAGCACAGGAAAAACAGAAUGAAGAAGACCAUGCCAGAAGGGUGCAGCAUAUGGAGAAAUUUGAGGCUGAAAGAAUGGAGUUAGAGCUUGUGCACAAGAAACAACAAACUGUGAUGGAAGAUGAGUUACAGAAGGAAAAGAAAGCUUGGAGAGACAAAAUGAUGCAACACGAGGAAUUAAUCAUGAAGCUACAGCUGCAAAUAGAAGAGGAGAAAAGGGCAUUUGAAGAGCAGAAAGCAAAAGAAAAUAAACAUCUGAGAGAACAACGGAAUACAGCAGCUGUGAAAAUCCAAGCUAGAUUUAGAGCCUAUUUAGUCCAUAAAGAGUAUGCUCCCAUCUUAAAACAGAGGAAAGAUGAAAUAAAAAAGAAAAAGAAAAUACAAGAAGAAAUUGAGAGAGAAAUGAAAGUAAGAGAGGAAAAAAUGAAGAGGCGAAUGGAAGAAAGAAUGCAAAGUAAAAAAGAAGAGAAAAAGAGACAAGAAGAGCUCGAAAGACAGAAGCAUUUGGAACAGGUAGGGAGACGUAAGGAAUAUGAGAAAAAGAAAGCAAGUCUGAGGCUGGAAAGAGAAAAACAACUGCAAAUAAGAGAAGAACAGAGAAAAUUAGGAGAAAAAAUAGCUAAAGCUGUGAUAACUGAAAAUGGGGAAAAUAAUAAAGAAAACAUAAAAGAGGAUAAAUUGUCAGAAAAUGUGGAUGUAUUAAAAGAUGAGAAAAAGGAAGUAAAUAAGCAAGUAGAGGAACAAAAGGAAGAGCAGACUGAAAUGAUGGGUGAGACAAACAGUGGGAUGAUUUCAACGGAAAGAAAAUUGACACCAACACUGACUGUGCUAAUCUCUGAGAAGGAGGACUCUUGUCGAGUGAAUAAUGAAAACAUAGGUAUUAAUUUGGUAACAUAUGUAGAAGAAAAUUACUCACAAACAAAAGAACUUAAUAAAGAAUCUUCAGGUAUCCACACUUUGAAGGAUGAAUCUGUUGAUUUUGGAGCAAAUUGCAUGGUAGAAAAUAAGUCAAAUGAUACAUGCAGCAGUCAGUCAAAUGUCCAAUCAAAUACAGAUGACCAAGAUCAAUUUUCUCUGUCUGAAACAAUAAAGAAAACUGUAUUUCUAAUGGAGGAUGCUAAUGAGGAAGUCAUAAAGAACUGGGACACAGUUCAAGAAGUAUCUAAGUAUUCCAAUAGAUUAAUUCUUCCAAAUGAUAUUGAAAAAAAGAGAAUGAGUUGGAUGAGCACAUGUAAAUCUUGGUCUAAAAUAUAUGAAGAAAAAAGAAAGAUACCAAAUAUUAAAAAACGAUUAAGGAAAACUCCAGUUAACAAGAUGCCUCCAUUAAGUACACAGAAGAUAAUUCAUAGUGGUCCUUGGAGUACUCUGCAGCAGAUCACAACACUUACACUUGAAGAUUUGCCAGCUUGUAGCCUCUCGACGCUGUCAGAGUGUUCAAAUCUACAAGUUUUGACUCUGAGACGCUGUGGAUUAGUUGCACUGGAAGGGCUAAGUAGCUGCAAAGACCUGAAGUAUAUCAACAUGGAGGAAAACAACAUUCAGGUAAUUGACUGUGAAAAUCUGGAAAAUCUCUGUAUUCUGAUUUUGAAUAAGAACCAUCUUUCAUCAGUUUGUGGCUUGAAUGGUUGCAUAAAUCUCCAGAAUCUUGAACUUUCCUACAACAGAAUCACUCGAAUUGGUGGUUUGGAAUCACUGAAAAAACUUCAGCAAUUAACUGUGGAUCAUAAUCAGUUAAUUAGCACAAAAGGUCUUUGUGAUGUACCUACUCUCAUACAUCUAGACUGUUCUUUCAAUCAUCUCACACAAGUUGAAGGUAUUGAGAGUUGUGGACUGCUUCAAAUUCUGAAGUUACAAGGCAAUAACCUCCAGGAGCUUCCAAGGCUGGAAAAUCACGUUCUGCUAAGAGAAUUAUACUUGGAUGACAAUAGCAUUUCUGCUGUGAGAAUGCUUUCUUCGUACUGGUUGCCACUGUUGCAAAUGCUUUUGCUGUCUCACAAUAGCUUAACUGAGCUUGUACCUUUAAAUUCAUUUGUAUCUUUGGAAAAGCUGGAUAUCAAAAAUAACUACUUAUCAGACCUUAAAAAUGUCAUUACAUGCUUAAGUGGAUGCAAUCAUCUAAGGGAGUUGUCACUCAGUGGAAAUCCUCUUCUCCAAGAAAGGAAUUGGAGACCUUCCCUAUGUAAGGUCCUUCCUAGGUUACAUUUUCUUGAUGAUGAAAACUUGCAUUAUAAUACUUUACCCACAACUGAAAGAAUCAAAGCAUCGGAAUCAAGAACAUUUCUUGAACUUUGUCAAGUUCAAAUUGAAGAAAAUGUUUUACUGAAGAAAAAGGUUGUUGAAGAGGGAAUUAUCUCUUCCAUUGAUGCUGUGCAGAGACAAUGCUGGUAUUUUAAUCAGUUGAUGAAACUUAGCAUUGAACAUCGAUGCGCUCAUGAGUAUGGUGAACUAAGCACUACUGACAGAGAUAGACCAGAAGCACUGCAAAAUCAUUUAAAGCGAGCAUCCACUGGCUGCCUACAGGAAAAUAACCUCUCUAUCAUGGGUGUGACAGAAAAUAAACAGGUCUUGUUGGAUCCUUCUGAAAGAUGGAUUACUACUGGCCAUUUUCAGGCCACAUUCAUUAACUCCUCCAUAUCUGUGCACCAAAAGGAAAAUAAAGAAGAUCACAGAAUGAAGCAGAAAAGCACUGAAUCUUGUAUUAAUUACAAUGGGGAGAGCAAUGGCAACAAGAACAUAUCUACUCAGUUCACAUUGCAACAGUCGGUUAUAGAAAGUAAUAUGGGAAGAGAUUUUGAGAAUAAUACAGAAAGGUUAUAUAUGGCAGCAUCAGUGAUCCAGUCUCAUUGGAGAAAGUACCAUACCAGGAGGAAGGCUGAUUGCAUCAAAACAAGGAAUGAUCAUUUUUUUGGAGAGAUAUCAAGACAGAAACAUGCAGCUGCCACAGUAAUCCAGGCAUCUUGGAAGGGCUUUCUUUUGCGAAGGAAACUGGCAAGUGCACUAGCAGCUGUUAAAAGUGAUGCAGUGGAUGAUAACUAUGAAGAAAUAAAUGUGGAUGAUUUUAUACCUCAUGAAGCUGCAAUAGGGAAUGAAUGGCUAACUCCAGAUUCCACCCAUUUCCCUUCAAAAACACUCCUGAUCUCAAACCAGCUGCACUGGACAAAGCAUGCUAGGCCUUCAGAUUCCAGUGAACAUUUAGAUAACUUGCAAUUGUCACCACAAGCACCUUGGCAGUGUAUUGACAGACCACAUUCAUACUCAAAUACGCACUAUCAUAGAAGUUCAGAAAAGGGAACAAUGUCACAGAACUCUGACUUAAAAGAAAAAAGGUUUUCAUUCAGGUCUGAUAAAGAAGAGAAAAUUUCAGAAGAAUGGGGUUUUAAAGAUAUUUCUACUGCACAACUAAUGCUGAAGAGGGCCCAUAAAAUGAAGCCCAGAAAAUACAGUAAUAAAAAUGUGGACCCAGCUGUGCGCCUGGCGUUGUUCAAAAAAAAUGAAAAUAAACAUCUCCGUGUGAAACCACCAAAGAUACAGUCUGUAAAUGCUGGUUACUUUGAAGGUGAAAAAGAAGAAAUUACUCAGCUGGAUACUACUUUAGAUGAGAAACAGAGGAGAAAACACUUUACAUACCAAUGGCUUUGUACACAGCAUUCGGAUUAUGAAACAGCAAGUUCAAAAAAUAUGAAGGGCUGUUGUUUUUUGCCUGAGUUGAAUCAUGUGAUCUGCAACAAUGGACAAGUACAACUUGUGGCAAGCCCUGUAAGCAGAGAAGACACAGAGUUAGACCUUGUUUCUCUGGCCAGUGGAAGUGCUUUGACUGUGAAGAGAGAAAAAAAUAAGCAGCCACACAGGCACUCAGCAAGAUCUUCAAAAAAGAAUAUAUCUUCUCCAGAAAAAUCAAAUUUGGGUCCAUCCUGUAGAGAACGGAUAUCAUUUCGAGACCAUCCAUUACAGUUCAGUGGAGGAUGGGGAACAGGCAAAAAGAGGCAAAAGGCUAAAAAUAUUAGCUGAAUAUUGGAGAUUACUUAACUAAAUGAUUCAAUCAAAUUUUUAGUUCCAAAAACAUGGGAAACUGUUUUCUUUUAAGACUGUGAAUAUAUAUACGUUUAUCUUUUAGUUUAUAAGCAGUUUCAGUUAACUGAAUAUGUCUUAUUUUAUUAUAUAUGGUUACAGUGGUUUGGGUUUUUUUCUGGUCAAAUUGUUUUGUAGCUGUCAGUAGAUUAUCUUAGUUUGUCUUUUCAAUUGCUUGUAUGUUUAUGUGGUGUAGGGUAUAGAAUCAAUUAGCUCAAGAAGAAUUGUUGUUCAACGAAUAAGUUGAGGCUUGCUUAUAAAAACUGGUCAGGAUGUGGAGAUGUAUCAAUAUUUCAUGCUCAUAUGAUGUAUGCCAUAUAUCAAAACUGUAAAUUCUCAUUUUCUCACAAAUAAAGUACAUGCUUAUAAACUGUGUUUUAGACUGUAACAUCCAAUGUCAUUCUUUAAAAAGUCUGUUUAAAAUGUUUUUCCAAGGCAGCAAAAAUUAGAAUAGCAUAUUAGAAAUGUGCAAAUAGUGAGAAUGUGUUUAUCUUUUUUUUUUCUUUUAUACAGCAAUAUGAGAAAUCCUCUUGAGUUUCACCCUAACAUAUUGUAAUAAUAUGA